AUGUCUUCCAAAGAUAGCUGUGGGAAACGCCAUCAUCCAGUGGACAGCCUUUGCCGGAAGCUCCAAGCUAUCAGUAUGAUGGACCAAGCUUCAAAUCCUGCCUUGCAGAUUCCAAAAUUCCAAUCCAAGAACUUUGACAGUCCACAGAGUAACACAAAGAAGAACCUGGAGGAAAUCUUGAAGAAAAGGACAUUGAAAAGCAGUGAGAGCAACAGUGCCCUGUGCGCCAACCUCUCUUUGCUAAGUCCUUCCAGUGACAAUCUGUUCUCUCCGGGCCCUGUGAUAACGCAGACACCGCGUCAUCGACGCAUUUCCGAUAUUCGCUCCGAGUCCUUUUCUCUGGGUGGGAAUAAAGAGAAGCUCAGUAAACCAUGGGUCUUGGUGAACCAGAAAGGGGACAGUUAUCUCAUUAAACACGGGGAGUCAGCCUCUGAUUAUCUUUGCGGCAACUCCGAUACUGAGCCAAAGGUCCCGUCGCCUCUGGAAUGCAACUAUUUCACAUCAAGUCCUGAUUUAUCCACCCGGAGACCCAAAACUGUACAGCCCACUUUUUGUUCUCCUCCAGCCAAAAGGUUCUCCUUAGGUAAGGGGAAAAGAUGGAGGCUGGCAAGGGACAGCAGAGAUGAUGAAGGCUCUGACAUAAGUCUGAUUUGUGAGGAAGACCUAUUGACUACUAUGUUUUCUGCAUGUGAUGUGGAAAGAAGAGGCAAAGUUGCUGUUUCUAAAUUAGUUGACUUCCUGAGGUAUACAACAAGUCGGAGUUCAGAAGACAGUGGUCUUGAAGAGUUAUGCAACAUGCUUGAUCCUGAUCAUAGGGAUAUCUCUAUGGAUUUGGAGACCUACCAUGCCAUCAUGAAAGAAUGGAUUGAAGAUUGCAAAAGAAACUGUGCUGAGAUGGUGAAUGAGCCAUCUCGCUCUGCAAAAAGGAUGAAUGUAACCUCUGGAAGCCUUGAAGCACUUGGUGGUGAUGUGUCAAGAGGAGACUUAGAAACAUCUGACUUGAUCACUUGUGUAGCGGAUCUUCAGUUCAACAACCAAAAACUUCAAGAGGAAAAUGCCCAGUUGAAGCUGGCACUGGAUGCCAUGGAGGAGACCAAUAAUAGACUGAUAGAAGACAGUGGAGAACUGCGGAAUCAGAUAAAAAGUUUCCAGCAGUCUGCAAGUCAAGUGAAAACACUAAAAGAGGAAUUGGAAGACGUGAGGAACACUCUCAGUACUUCUGAAGAAAAGAGGCAGAUGAUGUCAGCCCAGAGUAAACAGCUCGAAAAAGAGAAUCAAUCUCUCAUUCUUAAGAUCUCUUCUCUGCAAGAGGAGAAUAUUAGAAAUGCCCUUGAUUCAGAUGGUCUCCAGAAGAAGAUGGAGGAGCUGUCCCAGAAUAUUAGUGAACUCCAAAUACAAGCACACCUUUAUGAAAACAUGGUGGGAAGUAAAGACACAGCCCUCCUUAAGAAGGAGCUGGAUUUACAAGAACUAAAGUCUACCCUUAAGGAGUACAUCUCAGUGAUAGAGACUCUGCGAAUGGAGAAAAGUAAAUUGUUGAACAACGCUCAGCAGAUGCAGCAAGAGCUGAUCUCGAAUGGUAUCAACUUCCCCUUAAUCUACAAGUUCAACAGCAGCUUCCUUGAAGCAACCAAUUCAUUGCACUGUGAACUGGAACUUGCCCAGGAACCAUCAGAGAUCCCUGGAAUUGAAUGGACAGCGCUUGACAAAUCACUGGACAGGGAAGUUCUGCUGCUUCUGGAAGGGCCAGAGCGCGUUGGAGAAAAGUUCAGGGCCACCAUUCUAAACCUGCAAGAAGAACUUUCUCAAAUCGAGGAUUUAGCAGGGCUGCCUCUGCUGAACGCAGCAGGCUCUGAAUUGGAUCUGCAAGAAGCUUUCCAGAAGAGCUUGGUGGGCCUCAAGAGAACUCUGGAGAACAAAAGAACCCAAUGGCUUCAGAAGCUAAAUCUUUUGGAAGCUCAGAAGGAAUCCUUGGAUAAGGAGCUUAUUAAAAUGGCAGGAAAUAUGCGGAGGAUGAGGACAGAACAGCUCCACUUAAAGAAAACGCUUUUAUCCAGACAACGCGAGAUCCAGUCAACCAAACAGCUCAAGGAAGACGCUUUGGCAGAAGCAGAUGUCUUGAGACUGAUGUUGCAAGAGCUAACGGAACAAUUAGAGGAGGCUGGGAAGAGGGUCAAGGAUCGAGAGAGUGACUUUCACGCUGCCUGCGAGGAAGCCAGAUCUUUACGAAAGAAACUAGAAGAAAGUGUGGCCGAGCAAGGAAGCCUCCGGAGUAGAAACGUAGAUUUAACAGGGACUUGCCAGCUGCUGGAACUGAAAGCCAAGGAAGAAAGUGCUGCUCUGGAGUCACUCAGGGAGAAGUGUUUAAAAAGGCUGUUGUGUGGUGUACUUUGUCAGGUAGGCAGUUCCUUCAGUAACAUGCAUCUUUCCCUGGGAUUGCACUGCAACUGGGGAGGACAGCCGUGGAAUCCUGGGAGACGAUGCAGCUGCUUUAAAGAGUUGCUGAUAGAUGCUAUGGAACCUGCCAACUUGCUGUUAAAACAGAGCUGUGUGUUUGACGAUGAGAGUCCUUUGUCCUGCUCAAAGGUUAAUGAAGAGAUAAGAACAGGAGAGAAGGAAACCUGCUGCUAUCAAAGGCUUGGAACCCAGCUGUGCUGGCCUUGGAGGGUGUGCCGGUCCACACAAGACACCUUACUGCUAGAAGCAUUGUCACUUGAUUCUCUGCAACUGAUUCGAAGAAGCUCUCUGCCCAGGGCUGUUGGAAGUUCUCAAAUAUUGUUUAUAUUCGGGAAACAACACUUAAGAAAUGGAACCUCCUCGGGUGUGACUUUGGAUGAAUACAACAGGUGUAAUCACCAUUCGGUUGGUAACCAGACGGAUGCAGACCUGACCUUGGGAAUAAGGAUGGAUGGUGACCCUCUGAAGGAGAGUGAUGCCGGACCGUUAGCAGAUACCUUAUUCAGUGAACUAACUUCAUCCCAAGAAACUUCUUCCUUUGCUACAGAGGGCACCAAAGAAUCACAAGAUACAGACUCUACACUACUGGAACCGGAGGGGAAAACACACCUCUCUACUUCAGUGUCGCAGGAAGCGACUGUUGCUGCAAAAGAGGAAGCCUCAGCAGGUCCCUCCAGCAGCAGGGCUGGUGACUCAUCUUCAUGUCAGAAUCUGUCAAGCAGUGUUGUGUGCCAAAAGGACCAGGAUAAUGGCUCUCCCAGUGAGAAAGAAGUGGAGGCAGAGUUUCUUCGACUGUCUCUUGGAUUCAAAUGUGACCUCUUUACUUUAGAGAAGAGAGUCAGGCUUGAAGAACGAUCUCGGGACCUCGCGGAAGGGAACCUGAGGAAAGAAAUUGCUGGUGCCUUUAAACUACUUAAUUCUUUAGCCUCUCUGAGUGAAGAUAACCAGGUGCAGGAGAUAGUUAAGAAGUUGCAGAAGAGUUUGGAUCUGCUGAAUCAGCAUGCCACCAGAAUUGCGAGCAAAGCAGAAAUGCUGGGAGCCGUUCAUCAAGAAAGCCGGGUCAGUAAGGCGGUAGAAGUGAUGAUUCAGCAUGUGGAAAACUUAAAACGUACAUAUGCAAGAGAGCACGCCGAACUGGAAGAGCUGAAGGAGGUAUUACUCCAGAAUGAAAAGUCCUUCAGCUCUCUGGGGGACCGAGAUGACUCAUCGAUUAAAAAACUCUCUGGUUCUCUCAAGCCUUCAUCACUACGCAGAGUUAGCACUGCAACUUUGCCUAGGAACAGUAAUGGAAAUGCAGUCACUUUUUUGCAACUGGCUCAGUUGAACGAAACCGACGGAAACAACAGGAAUGAUAAAUUCAACAGACGCUCGAGUUGGAGUCUAAAAGGAACCAAGCAAGGAGAAAAACGGCCAUCGCUACAGCGGUUCAUUAGCUCAGCUUCCUGGACAGAGUCGGAGGAAGAGCAACCUGAAUUAGAGAUGACUCUUCUGCAAAUGGAAGCUCCAGAGGUCCAGGGAAGCAAAGCACGAAAGCUGAGUGAAAAGGAAAGCAAUGCAUCUAAAUGGGGGCUGCGCUCACUGUGUACGAGAGUAUUUUCUUGGGCCUUCUCUCUCAGGACUUCCUUCUGCAGGACUAGCAAAGCCCUCUGUAUCUCUGCUGUUGCAGCUGUGUUCUUUGCUAUCCUUGUAACUUUUUUCAUGGGCUUUUCCUUCCAACAACCCGUGGAAGCAGCUUCUGAUGGUAGUGGGAAUGCGUGGACCUCAGUACAGAAGCUCUUGUGGCCAUACACUCGUCUUGUCCACCAGCGGCCACCGCCUGUGUAGCUCACCAGCACUCAGAAUGGAUUUUCCUACUGCCCGCUCAGCACGUCGCCUUAAAUUGAACACUCUGGCGCGCAGAUCAAGCAUUUUAGCUUCAUCACACUUCAAGUUUCUGAACGUAGAAAAAAAUGCAACUUUAAUGCGACAUCUAAUAUUUCUGUUAAUAAUUUGGGGCCACGCAGUUCAGAAACAAAAUGCAAUUCAUUCUUUUCUGGCCGAGCAAGUAGAUCUUCCAAGCGACCCCAACUGCUUUUUUUUUUCUUCUGUAAGUCUUUCCCACUCCUCCCUCCUCUCCCCCCCCAAAUUCUUACCAAAGAGCUUAUAGAAAGGAAAUAUAUUUUAAGAAACUUCACAUAGCCUAUCCAUAAACGGCUUAUGAGUAUUUAUUUUUCUUUUUAAAAAAAUGAUGUCUGGAAUGUGGUCUCUUCCACCUAUUAUUUUUAUUGACGGGAGUGUCUUCGAACUCAAUAAAGUUCUUAAGCAGC